AUGUCAAUGCCGCGCCGCCUUCAGGCCUGUAGACAUGUACCGCUGAACCGGCGCUUUUCCUUUACAGUGGCGCAGACGGAUGAGCAGGAUUUGUUGGAUAGCAUUGAUAACACGUACCGGCGCCAAGAUGCGGCGUUGCAAGACCUGACGGAGGAGGACGUGCCGUAUGUGCGCAAUAACAUUUACAGCCCCUUUCCAGAGCCGAACGAAGGGCAAGGGCAAGGACAAGGGCAGGAUAAUGGCAAGGGUAAGGGUAAGGGGAGUUUGAAUAGGGUGGUUGAUGAUGGGGAUUCGGUGGGCUGGGCCAGGAGUGGGAAGAGGAAGAGGGGUUAUGGCAGGUUGGAGGAUUUGGUCUACUUUCUGUAUGAGUCCGGAGUGAGCGAGCUGACCGUGUGCGAUGGUAAACAUGGGGCUGCGCUUUAA